GUCAGCACCUGGGAGCGGGGUCUCGGGCAGUCCAGGUUCCCUCAAUACUUCCCUGAUCCUAGCAAGAGAGAGGGCCCCAGAGAGCCUGGAUCUCAUCCAGCACAGAACAACCCAGCUGGAAGGAACCUGAGGGUUAAACUUUUGGGCUCUGGAAUCGGGCUGGCCCAAGGUUCAACCACCCAGCUCCAUGGCCGCCUGCCUGCUUCUCCUGGGCACCCUCCUGCUGCUGCCACCACCCACCCGGGCCCCCUGUCGUGUGGCCAACAGCUCCGAGUGCCGGCAUGUCCGCAGGUUGGUGCCUGGCGUGGGGCUGGCCGGGGAAGGCGUGGACGUGACCAGCCUCCGCCUCUCGGGCUCUUUCCCGGUGGACACACAUGGGUCCCUAUGGCCCAACGGCUCCUGCACCCUCUGUGAAAACACCCUGCAGCAGGGCGCCCUCCAGCGCCUGCCCCUGGCGCUCACUGACUGGCGCAUCCGGGGCUCCAGCUGCCAACAUCGCAUGGUCAGCACAGUGUCCGACUCUCCAGAGGAAGUGGCCCAGGAGGUGGCCAACAGCAUCCACAAUGACUGGUGGGCCGGGCUGGACGUGGCCCCCAAGCUGGGCACCAACUUGCAGGUGGCCGUGGCGGGCUCCCACUCCCAGGUGGCCAACUUUGUGGCCCAGAAGAUGUUCCGGGACCAGUACAGCUUCAGCACAAACUUGCUGGAGUGUCGCUUGUACAGCUUUCGCCUGGUGCACAAUCCCCCGCUGCACCCUGAUUUCAGGCAGGCCCUCAGAGCCCUGCCCCCCCACUUUAACGCCUCCACUGAGCCCAACUACCUCAGGCUCAUCUCCAACUUCGGCACCCACUUUAUCCGGGCCGUGGAGCUGGGGGGCCGGGUCUCAGCCAUCACCGCCCUGCACACCUGCCAGCUGGCCCUGGAAGGGCUCACGGCUGAUGAGGUGACCCACUGCCUGACUGCCGAGGCCACGGUCAGCAUAGGUGGUCACGCCAACUUCUCCAAAGAGGUCAAGGAAUGUGAGGAGAAGAAGCAGAAGCACAAGAUGGCGGCCUCCUUCCACCAAGCCUACCGAGAACGCCAUUCUGAAGUGGUGGGCGGCCACCACACCGCCAUGCACGACCUGCUGUUUGGGGGCCAGGCCGGGCCCCAGCAGUUCUUGGCCUGGAUGACCUCGCUGCAGGACAGCCCCGGCCUGGUGGGCUACAGCCUGGAGCCCCUGCACGUGCUCCUGGAGGGCCAGGACCCGCGGCGGGAGGCGCUGAGGCGGGCCGUCAGCAGCUACGUGACCGACAGGGCCCGCUGGAGAGACUGCAGCCGGCCCUGCCCCCCGGGCCAGCAGAAGAGCCCCAAGGACCCCUGCCAGUGCGUGUGCCACGGCUCAGCGGUCACCAACCAGGACUGCUGUCCGCGGAGGAGGGGCCUGGCCCAGCUGGAGGUGACCAUCGUCCAAGCUUGGAAUCUGUGGGGAGACGGGAUCACUGCCACGGACGCCUACGUGAAGGUCUUCUUUGGUGGCCAGGAGUUGCGGACGGGCAUCAUGUGGAACAAAGAUAACCCCAGGUGGAUGACACAGCUGGAUUUUGGGAAUGUGCUCCUGGCCACGCAGGGGCCCCUGAGGGUGCAGGUCUGGGAUGUGGACUCUGGCUGGGACGAUGACCUGCUCGGCUCUUGUGACCGAAGGCUUAUUGCCCAGAAGUUGGAGGUCAGAGACGCCUGUUUUCUCAAUCAAGGGUUUCUGGAGUUCAUGUACAAGGUGACUUGCGCCCCACACCUGAGAGGGGCCAAGUGCCUACAAUACAGGCCGCAGGGAGUCCUGGGGGAGCUCCCGGGGAACCGCAGUGGGGCUGUGUGGUAAGGGCUGGUGGCCAUCCCCCCACCGCAGGCCUGGGGCUGCCCAGAUUCCCGGGAGGCUGGAAGCAAGGAACCAGGUAGCUCUCAGAUCCUGUGUCCUGGGCACGGAGGUAAAGAGGCUGGCUGUAGUUUAUGAAGAGGGCUGAUAUGGGGCAGAGUGGGGACAGGAACAGGACCUCCCCCACUUUCCAACCCACUAGAUGCCUUCUGCAAACGCCCUUUCCUCAGGAGGCCUGGCUGUGAAAUGAAUGAGUGAAUUUUUGUAGAAUUCUUAACUGGAGUCUCCAAUCCCCGUGUUCAGAUCAGAGGGGCUGAUUCCUAGAGUAGUUGGGCCCUGAGAAUGAGGGGAUCUUGUAACAUGGGUCUUGGGCUGCUCUCUGACCCUGCUUGACCUGCCCUGAGCCCCCCUACAGCCUGGGGUGUGGAGGGGCUUCAACGAACUUCACCUUGCUCAAGUCCCAAACCUCCUCACACCACUUACUGGCCUUCUUUCCUUCUUCCUCAUCCUGGGCUUGGAACCAAACAGGGCUGUCCAGCCUCCCCAGCCCCCUCUCCCCUCAGCCCUACUAACCCUCUCCAGGUGGGUCCCCUUAGGGGUGAACUAUGAGUCCAUCUGAAAUUGGAAGGAGCUUCUCUGUCAUUACAUUUCUCUCAAUGGAAAUGAUUCCCGAGGAAAAGAAAGAUGUUUGCAAGGCAAGACUUUCAGCCAUGCAGAUGGUUCUACUGAAUCCUCUUUCUAGGGUGCCUGAGGGUCACAGAAUCCCUCCUGUCCUUCUUCCACCUGAGGGCUCACGCUUCCUCUAAGAACCAACUACCAUUCAUCCAAGCCCUUAGCGAGCUGACAGAGGGACCCAGGCUUUGGGCAGUUUCCCCACCUCACUAGGUCCUGCUGCUUCCUGAAGCAAGGUGACAAGCUCUGCGGGUCGUCCCAGGGCUGGGGGUCCCCAGCACAUCCUCCUGCUCCUGGCAAGGCUCCCCUCCCACUUUGCCUCUGGCCAUGGCCGAAGGGGUUUGCUGGACUCUGCUACUCUCUAGAAAGACUGGACUGUAAUGCUUAACGAGACAUAUCCCCCCAUUUCCUGAUGACAAGCUUUCAAACACAAGGGUCUCAUCUCAGAACUCCCCUUUCUUUAUAGAACCAGAGUCUCUCUCGGAGAAGUAGACUCUCACUGUGAGCUGGGUCUCAGACCCUGGCUUAUCCAGUAGCUUUUCUCACCCAGUGCGCACCAUCCAGCACCUGCUUGCCCCUCUCCAGUGAUAGGGAGCUCACUACCUCUAAAGGAUGCUCAUUUCCAUGACAGAACAAUUCUUAAUUAAUUCACCUGCUGAGCCUAAGUGUUAUUCUCUCUGUCUUCCUUCUACCUAAUGAUUCUGGCCCUUUCUCUGGCAUCCAGAGCAACCCUGUCUCUUGGACAAGGCCAUGAUGGACAGUGGUAAGUACUCCGCGGUGUUUGCUGGUGAGGCUGGCCACAUGCAGCACACUUCCCAGUUCCUACAGCCCUUGGACAGGCAGGAGACAGGCUAAUUUGGGCACGGACACCUAGCUAUAUACCAAGAGAAAUGAAAGCACGGUCACAAAAAAACAUGAAUGUUAAAAUGGCAUUAUUUACAAUGCUGCUGUUUGUAGCUCCAAAGUGGAAAUAGCCCAAGUGUCCAUCAACAGAUGAAUGGAUAAAUAAAACGUGGUAGACCCACACAGUGGAAUAUUCCUCAGCCACAAGGAGGAAAGCACUGAGACAUGCUACAAACUGGGUGCACCUUGGGAGCAUUAUGCCAAGUGAAAAAGCCAGAGGCACUAGACCAUGUAAUCUAUGAUUCCACUUACAUGAAAUGUCCAGAAUAGGCAAAUCCGUAGACAGAUAAUAGAUUCGUUGUUGCCAGGAGCUGAGGUGGGGGCUGGGAAGGGGAAGGGGAGUGACUGCUAAUGAUUUCUUUUUGGGGUGAUGAAAAUGUUCUGGGAUUAGAUAGUGGUGACCAAUUGCACAAUUUUGUGAAUAAACUAAAAGUCACUGAAUUGAAUUUGAUUCACCUUAAAAGGGUGAAUUUUAUGGAAUGUGAAUUUCAAUUUAAAAAUUAUUUUCUCGAUAUGGAAUUAUCCAGAAUUUCUAUUUCUUUUCAUGUCAGUUUUGAAAAGUUACUGUUUUUAGGAAAUUUAUUGAAUUCAUAUAAGUUAAAUUUAUUGGCAUAAAAUUGCUCAUUAAAUUUUCUCAUGAUUUUUGUUGACCUCAUUGGUAAUGUGUAUGUUUUCUCUCUUUUUUUCUUUAUCUAUCUUUCUAGGGGUUAAUAAAUUUUAUUAGUCGCUUAAAAAUUUAUGGGUUUUAAAUUUGAUGCUGUUUCAGCUGAAAAAUGGACAAAACUAUUAAAAAAACAAGUUGAGGGGAGCUACUUAAGAAAUUGAAAAGUAAUUGCAAACAAUAUUAAAUAACCGACUUUCAGUUCUGUGACACUUGAAUUUUUGUGCUAUUUUUCCCUGUGUAUGUAGUGGUUCUA